AAAAAAAAAAAAAAAAGGGCAAGUGAAAAAACAGUAAUCGAUUUCCCAGCGGGGAAUGAAUCCCAAGCCACCUUAUCACCAUCUCUCUCUCUUUCUGUCCCUUUUUUUUGCUUUUCUUUCUUUUCACUUUUCAAUGACAGUGACUGAAACACUUAACCUAUUAUACAAUGGAAGUAAGGAUUUGCAUUUGUUGUUGACCACGACAUUCUGCAUAACUAAUCUUAUAUCUGUCUUUUUUUUUUCUUUAUUUCUAGUCUAUAUUUUUUUUCACUAUUACCUUUACUCAUACACCAUGAAAACAGGAAUAUGAUGAUAACAUAUUGAAGACAACUAUAUGUUUGUACGAUAGUCAAAGCUGUCACCUUACUCUUUUU